UAUCGACUUUUCCAUAUUAAAGAGACAAGAGUUGUCUUUAAUUCGAGUAACAAUUAAAAUAAUGACAAACCGAUAAUAUACAAUAUUUAUGAAAAUAUCUGUUAAAUAAUACUUGCAUUUAGUGUCAGUGUAUUAUAAUGGCUUCAGGUUACAUAAAGGACGAUCAAGGCGGAACAUUUAUUCCUGCUAGUCAACGUCCUGAUGGUACGUGGAGAAAACCACGUAGAGUCAAAGAUGGUUAUAUUCCCCAGGAGGAAGUCCCUUUAUACGAAAGUAAAGGUAAAGAAUUUGUAAAAAAUAAACCCGCCUAUCCAGUGGGUUUCUCGCCUGAAUUUAUAGCGGCUCACAAAGCAAAAGUAGAAGCCCAAGCAGCUAAAGCAGCUGGCGCAACAUCAGCAAUCGUUCAAAAUGAUGCUGCAAAGAAAAAGAAGAAGAAGAAAAAUAAAAAUAAAUCCGCAAAUGUUGAGAAAUUAACGGAAGAUUUAGAGAAAGCAACAAUAAUUGAGCCAAUUGUUUGUAAACCAUUGACCAAUAAUACAGUGCAAUCAGGAAAAAUUAAUAAGUCUGAAAAUACGGAGAAAGAUGAACAAAUUGUAGAUCCGAUAAAAAGGUUGAAAACUUUAAAGAAAAAAAUUCGUGAAAUCGAAACAUUAGAACUGAAAAUAAAAAGUGGCGAAAUUAAAAAUCCCGAUAAAGAAAUGAAAGAUAAAGUUUUAAAGAAAUCGUCUAUUUUAAAAGAAAUUAAGCAAAUCGAAAAAAGUCAAUAGAAGAAUAAACAAAAUUUAAUUGUUAUUCGGAAAAAGAUAACUUAGAAUAAUUUUUAAUGACAUUUUUUUCGGAAAUUUAUUCAUACAAAUUGUUUAUACAUAAUACUUUAUACACGAUUGAUUUCAACUAAAUGUUGUAGCUUUUACUUAAUUGAUUUAUUGAAUUGUAACUUUAUAUAUUUAUGAUUAUUAAUGUGUAUUAUAAACUAUAUAUAUAAAAUAUCUAGUUUGUCAGCAGCAUUCAAACAA